AUGGACCUGGUGGGACCGAUGGGGGAGACGCCGGAACGCCCUGACCUGCUGCACGCUCAGGAUGCGCUCCGUGAUCCGGGCCCAUUGUUCCGAGACUUUGAGCAAGCUAUCGUGGACGACUCGACGGUUGAAGGAAACCCAAUGGGUCGGCGCUUCUCGGUCGACCCUACAGCUCAAUUUCACUCGCCCCGCCGCAUCAGUGUCGGCCAGCAGGAUCUGGGCAAUGCUUCCCGCAAGUCAUCUGUCUCUGCUCGCUCUUCGUCACCUCCCAACUCAGUGGACGCUUUUGCCGAUCCCCGUCGCCGAGAGCGAGCAAACACUCUUGACAGCCAUGGUCCCCCGGAUCUGGAGGCUAUGCUGCAACGCACGGUCUCGGGGGGCACCCAGCCCCGGCGCCCGACCUUCAGCAAUGCCAGUAUCAUCCGGCCUCAACCAGGCGAUGUGCCCAUCGAUGGACCAGAGGAGGCAUGCGUUCAUACCUACGAGGAGCCUGGUCGGAUCCCCGUCAUCGACUAUGAGGAGCUAGAGGAAUUCGUCGCACUGAACCAACAGGCGAAAGCAAGGGCAAAUGCCAACCGUCGCAAGCACAGCCAGAGCUCCCAGACCAAGAGCCCUCGGAUCUUUCCCGACCUGCGCCCUGCCGAGAAGAUCCCCGAUGUCGACGAGUUCAAAAAGUCGGAUUCGGCCAAUUCAAGCGAUACGUACCGAGCCCCCGAGUCUGAGGCAUUCCCCGAAAUCGAGGAUGAAAAGCAGUUGGUGGAGAAGCUCCAGAACAUCAACGAGCCUACUCGAUUCGGGUUUUUCUCGUCUGAAUCUCAGACGACGGUGCACGCGGCGGAUCUGGGAGACUUGGUGUUCCCUGGUGACAGCUUCCGGGAUCUCUUCCAGUUGGGUCCCGAGGGUGGUGUGUGGUGGCUCGAUGUCGUCAACCCUACGGAGGAGGAGUUGGGCGCUAUUUCCCGAGCUUUCUCCAUUCACCCUCUUACCACGGAGGAUAUUUUGACUCAAGAAGCUCGUGAGAAGGUCGAGCUUUUCAAGCAGUACUACUUUGUCUGUUUCCGUACAUUCUACCAGAUGGACAAGACCAGUGAGGAGUUCCUGGAACCGGUCAACUUCUACAUGGUGGUUUUCCGUGAUGGAGUCUUGACUUUCUCUUUCGAGGAGAACCCCCAUGCCUCCAAUGUUCGGAAGCGUAUUGGAAAGCUGCGUGACUACGUCUCGUUGAGUAGCGACUGGAUCUGUUAUGCCAUGAUUGACGACAUCGUCGAUAGCUUUGGUCCAGUGAUUCGAGAUGUCGAGCUCGAAUCUGAGGCGAUCGAGGAUCAUGUCUUCAUUGCUCGCGUUGACGACUUUGAGUCCUUCUUGCCCCGGAUUGGUGGCCUGCGUAAAAAGGUUAUGAGUUUAAUGCGCCUGUUGGGCGGAAAGGCGGACGUUAUCCGCGGAUUUUCCAAGCGCUGUAAUGAGCAGUACGCCAUGACCCCUCGUGGUGAUAUUGGCCUUUACUUGGGUGAUAUUCAGGAUCACGUUGUGACCAUGAUGUCUAACUUGGCUCAUUUUGAAAAAAUGCUGAGCCGAUCGCACACCAACUACCUGGCGCAGCUGAACGUCACCAACUUGGUGUUGGGUAACCACGUCAACAAAGUUCUGAGCAAGGUGACUCUCAUUGCUACAUUUUUGGUCCCCAUGAACCUCAUCUGCGGUCUCUUUGGAAUGAACGUUCACGUACCCGGAGAGAAUGUCGAGGGCCUGGGAUGGUUCUUCGGUAUCUUGGGUGUGAUGGGGGCCAUUGUUGUUGUCAGCGUGGGCCUUGCUCGCUGGCAGAAGCUGGUCUAA